UAAGAACCCCACUAACAAAACAAACCACAGCCCUUCUUUUGUAUCAUUGCUUGUUCUUUCCCACAACAUUCAAACCAAAAACACACCGAAAUAUAUGUUUGCAAAUACAUUAAUGAUCCUUAAAACCACAUACUAGCUAGCUAAUACUCGUAAUUAUCAACACCUUUCUUUAUGAUCAUCAAGUCUUUAUGUUACAAACAACAGUAAUUAUGAAGAACGUUUCAAGAAACAAGUUCUUGCUAUGUUUUAAGCCAGUUGUUGAUAUGGAUCAGCUAGUACUUAAUCACUCCGAAGUUGGUGUUGUUGAUCACUCAACAGACAAGUCUUUGAAGCAUCUUCCCAGGGAAAAGAAGAAAAGGGAUCAUAUGAUGCGUUUGGUCCCAAAUUCUUCUUUGCUUUCAGAUGAUAAUGAUACGUGUUCAGCAAUAAUUUCUUCAUCGGAGAAUUCAUUGAUUCUUCAUUCUUCAAAGAAAAACUUAUCUCGUGUGAUCAAGGCCGUUUUCUUCGACACCAUACUGGCCAAGAGAAUUCACGAUAGAAAAGGUAAUUUAUGUCAAGACUCGAAUAUUGGAUCAAAGCCGCCUUCUUCUUCUUCUUCUUCACCACCACCACCACCAUCAAUGGAUAGCAAGAAAUCUUUGGAUGAUACAAGUGAUCAUGACAAUACCAACUUGGUCAAUAAGGUAUUGAUAGAUACUCAUCAAGCUAAUGAAGUGACAUCUUGUCCAAGUUCGAUAUCAGAAUCAAGAAAAUUGUCCAAGAUAAAGAACUCAAGAAACCCAAAUGAAUUACUUGAAUUCAAGGCAAAAACCAAGGACAAGUCAGGCAUAUAUCUAUUCCUUGUUAGUCUUGCGGUGACAGUUUUAUGGGGUAAGCUGUGUGCAAUAUUUUUCACCAUAACCUGGUUAUAUUUUCUGCCUCGAAGACAGCACAGUACCAGCCGGCCCCAAAAUGUUACAAGAAGCUUGUGGUUGCCAGAGAAAGAAGAGAGCAAAGAUCAGUACUACUACAAGAAGAAGGUCAUAAUGGAAGGGCUGCUUGAAAGGAACCAUCAGAGGGUUAACGGCAUUAAAUUCUUGACGUGAAAAUUCUAUUUUUCGUGUUUGAUGCAAUCUCUUCUUCUCUGGUUUUCAGAAAACAAAAUUAAAGUCCUGGCAGGGUUCAGGAGACGGAUCGCACGCUAGUUUCUUGUACUGUUGCCUUUUUGCAUUUCGGGGUCUGGCAGAAUCAGAGCGCACAACAUUCUCAUUUGCUUUUUGCUCCUUUCCUAGCUUUAUUUUUAUUUUUAUUUUUUUGUCUUUUGGAGAAUUGUAAGAUAUUAUCAAGAGAAAACAAUAUAAAGAAACCGGAUUAAUGUAUUAUAGGAUGGAUGGGG